GGCAUCUGGAAGGGUAUAAAUGCCGCGGGACGGUGUAUGAAAAGAAUGCAUUCAAUAACAUCAGUAAAAAGAGCAUCAGAAUGGAAUGAUUCGUUUCUUCAUGGGACAUCAGCAAAUUAUAUUGACGCGAUGUAUGAAAUAUGGAAAAAAAAUCCAGAAGAAGUACAUGUUUCGUGGCAAAUAUAUUUUAAAAAUAUGAGUAAUAAGAAUGUCAAACCUAUUUAUGCGUUUCAUCCGCCACCAACGAUUAUUCCAGCGUCAAUUGAAGAGAUUCCCACGCUUCCUACGGGAAUAGAUGAUAGCGCUAGUAUUAUUCAGCAUUUGAAAGUGCAAUUGCUAGUUCGAGCAUACCAAGUUCGAGGUCAUUUAUGUGCGGAUAUUGAUCCUCUUGGUAUUAAAGCGAAAGAUGAUUUAGUAAAAGAAAUUCCGAAAGAAUUGACAUUAGAAUAUUAUGGAUUUACAGAGAAGGAUCUUAAUACGGAAUUUAGCCUUGGACCAGGGAUUCUGCCAGGUUUUUCUAAAGAAGGACAGUCUAAAAUGACACUUCUUUCAAUAGUAGAGAAUCUUAAACGGUUAUAUAGUGGAUCGUAUGGUGUUGAAUAUGUUCAUAUUCCAGAUAGAUAUCAAUGUAAUUGGCUUCGAGAACGACUUGAAAUUCCUGUUCCUUAUCAAUAUAAUAAUGAGGAAAAACAACGUAUUCUUGAUCGAUUAAUUUGGAGCGAUUCUUUUGAAAAAUUUCUUGCUACGAAAUAUCCAAAUGAUAAACGAUUUGGACUUGAAGGAUGUGAGUCUCUUAUUCCUGGGAUGAAAGCUUUAAUCGAUCAUUCUGUUGAUCUUGGUAUUGAAUCUAUUGUUAUUGGAAUGGCACAUCGUGGAAGACUGAACGUUUUAUCCAAUGUUGUUAAAAAACCUAACGAAUCUAUAUUUUCGGAGUUUUCAGGAUUCUUAGAUCCUGAUAGUGAAGGUUCAGGAGAUGUAAAGUAUCAUCUUGGAAUGAAUUAUGAACGUCCAACACCAUCUGGAAAACGUGUUUAUCUUUCUCUUGUUGCAAACCCAUCUCAUUUAGAAGCGGAGGAUCCCGUUGUUCUUGGACAGACUCGUGCAAUUCAAUUUUACGCAAAUGAUGACAAAGAACAUUCCAAAUCUAUGUCUAUAUUAUUACACGGAGAUGCAGCAUUUGCUGCACAAGGGGUUGUCUAUGAAACGAUGGGAUUUCAUGCACUUCCUAAAUAUUCGACAGGGGGAACAAUUCAUUUGAUUAUUAACAAUCAAAUAGGAUUUACUACAGACCCAAGAUUUGCAAGAUCUACUCCGUAUUGUUCAGAUAUUGCUAAAAGUAUUGAUGCACCGAUUUUCCAUGUUAACGGAGACGAUGUUGAAGCAUUAGUAUUUAUAUGCAAAAUAGCUAGUGAAUGGCGUGCAGCCUUUAAGAAAGAUGUAGUAAUUGAUAUUUUAUGCUAUCGAAAACAUGGGCAUAAUGAAACAGAUCAGCCAAGUUUUACACAACCUUUAAUGUAUCGAAAAAUUAUACAACAAACAUCAACAUUAGAAAAAUAUACAAAACAACUUAUAAAAGAAGGAUCUUUUAGUGAAAAAGAUAUUAAUGAACACAAAAAAUUUGUUUGGGAUAUUCUUGAAAGUAGUUUCAAAAAAGCAAAAGAUUACAAACCAACAUCUCGUGAAUGGUUAACAAGUGCAUGGAAUGGAUUUGCAUCUCCUCGAGACCUUAUAGUAAAGAAUUUUCCUCAUCUUCCAACUUCUGUAGAUAAGGAAACUCUUAAAGAUUUAGCAAGAAAAAUAUUUUCAUAUCCAAAAGAUUUCAACAUCCAUCCCAAUCUAAAACGUAUUAUGAAAAAUCGUGCACUAUCUAUAGAAGAAGAAAAAAAUAUUGAUUGGGCAACAGGUGAAGUUUUAGCAUUUGCUACUCUUUUAAUGGAAGGAUGUCAUGUUCGAGUAAGUGGCCAAGAUGUUGAACGAGGUACUUUUUCGCAAAGACAUGCAGUUCUUCAUGAUCAAGAAAAUGAAGACACAUAUAUACCAUUAAACUUUAUCGAUCCAAAACAAGCAAAAUUUGUAAUAAGUAAUUCUUCUUUAAGCGAAUUCGGUGUUUUAGGCUUUGAAUAUGGAUAUUCGCUUAUAUCUCCUAAUUCUUUAGUUAUGUGGGAAGCACAGUUUGGAGAUUUUGCAAAUAAUGCACAAUGCAUCAUUGAUCAAUUCAUAGCUUCAGCAGAAGUAAAAUGGCGUCAACGAAGUGGAAUUGUAAUGUCACUUCCACAUGGAUAUGAUGGACAAGGCCCAGAACAUUCUUCGGGUAGGAUAGAACGUUAUCUUCAAUUGGUCAAUGACGAUUAUCGUGUAUUUCCAUCAAAAGAGAGACUUCAACGGCAACACCAAGAAUGUAAUAUUCAAAUAGCAUAUCCAACUACACCUGCAAAUCUUUUUCAUCUUCUUCGCCGACAAAUACAUCGUGAGUUUCGCAAACCUCUUAUAAUAUUUUUUAGUAAAUCUCUUUUACGACAUCCAUUAGCACGCUCAAAUCUAUCAGAAUUCUCUGAAAUUUCGCAUUUUCAACGUAUUUUAGAUGAUCCUUGUCAUGAAAACAAGUUUCUUAAACCUCGUGAACUAUGUAAUAAAUUGAUUUUAUGUACGGGUCAAAUAUAUGUUUCUCUUUAUAAAGAACGUGGAGAACGCAACAUUGAUGAUACUGCUAUUGUAAGAUGUGAGCAGAUUCAUCCAUUUCAUUUUCAAGGCUUAAAAGAAUGUUUGGAUAGUUAUCCAAAUCUUAAGGAAUUGAUUUGGUGCCAAGAGGAACCCUUAAAUGCAGGUGCAUGGCAAUAUAUCCAACCUCGUCUUGAAACGGUUCUUCGUGAAACUCAAUUUCAUAAAAAUAAAAAAGUAAAAUAUGUAGGAAGAUUACCAUCAGCUUCUGUAGCUACGGGAAAUAAAAUUCAGCAUGAGCAAGAGCAUCGAGAACUUAUUAAAAAUGCUUUUGAAAGCCUAUAAGCUAAAUAAUAAAUUUACUUGUUUUUAAACAUCAAUAACACGUC